GUAGUACUUGAGGAGUAUAAGUAGAAAUAAAUUCGUUUCCACUCCGUUAAAAACCCGCUCCGAAUUUUUCUCCUUCCAAAUCCUUGUCUCUAACCCCAACCCGCAACCCCUCUCCUCUUUGUUCUGGUCUUCUGCUAUUUAUCUGCAUGAUUUAGGAGCGCGACGUCGGCGUUUCUUCAGGCUUGGGCUCUUAUCACGCUGAUCGAUACAGAUCACAGCCAUGUCGUCGUCCUCGGCAGCGGCGGCGACGGCGACGGCGACAGGUGUCUUUAAGAUCUGCUUUAACGCGCACUGCAAGGAGGCGUUAGCGGAGCAAACUCGCCGUAAAGGAUGGCGUCUGCGUUCUGGCGAGUUUGCCGAGCUCUGCGACCGCUGCCAUUCUACUUUUGAUCAAGGUAACUUCUGCGAGACUUUCCAUUCAGAUGCUGCUGGGUGGAGGAAGUGCGAGUCGUGUGCCAAGAGGAUUCACUGUGGUUGCAUAGUUUCAAUCCCUGCUUAUAUGCUUCUGGAUGUGGGAGGAGUUGAGUGUAUGGCUUGCGUUAGAAAGGCUUACUCAGCGGUACCAAACCAAGUUUGUUCACCUUCAGUGAUUCUUUCUCCACGAGUGUCUGAGAAAUCAAAAGAAUUUCCUAUUAAGAGCUGGAAUCAAGUGUCCAGUUCUUUUCCAGGACAGUGGCGUCACCCAUCAAACAUAUGGAGUUCGUCCAGUAUUCAGUCUGAUUUGCACCAGCGACUGUCAUAUGAGUUUGACAGGCCAUCUAAUUCUGAGAAAUUGAUGGCUGGAGCACGCUCAGCUGUCUCUGCACAGGAGAAGAAGCCUGACGACCUGCCAGGAAGAAUUGGAUUAGGUGGUCUAAACCAUGUUCCUCGGGAUAGAUAUGGUGAGAACUGUCCAACUUCUACGAGAAGAGGGAUGAUGUCCGAUGCUUGUUCUGCUAGUUCAUCUGGUGUUAACUUUGAGACGCAUCAAAAUUUAUCUGGAAAACCGUCAUCCUCUAUAAUACCAAAAGGGGAGUCAACAUCUUUGUUACUUGGUCUGACGGCUCCUCUCUCUUCUAUGAAUGGCACAAGUGAUCCAAUCAGGGUUACAACGAAUCAUGCACAGCUCCAAUCAGUUCCUUCCCCAUUGUCUAAACAAUUUUAUCCCAACCCUCUGAACAGUUCUCACUCUGGAGAAUCACAAGCUCAAACUCGCAAUGGACGAGGCCGGUUUGAUCCAAGGGCGCGCUCACAUUUACUUCCUCGAUAUUGGCCUAGGAUCACAGAUCAAGAACUACAACAAAUAUCUGGAGACUCAAAUUCCGUUGUCACGCCUCUUUUUGAAAAAAUGCUUAGUGCAAGUGAUGCGGGUCGUAUUGGACGGUUAGUGCUGCCAAAAAAAUGUGCCGAGGCAUACUUUCCAACGAUUUCUCAGCCAGAAGGCCUUCCAUUAAAAAUGCAAGAUGCCAGUGGCAAGGAGUGGGUAUUUCAGUUUCGUUUCUGGCCUAAUAACAACAGUAGGAUGUAUGUUCUAGAGGGAGUUACACCUUGCAUUCAGUCAAUGCAAUUGCAAGCAGGUGAUACAGUAACAUUUAGCCGGAUUGAUCCAGAAGGAAAGUUUCUCAUGGGAUUCAGGAAGGCUUCUACUUCAUCUUGUACUGAGCAGGACAAUCAAGCAGCUCAAGCUGGAAAUGGUUCUUCAGCAUCUUCAGAUGUUAAAAGCAAUGCUAUGGAUUUCAUCACGAACCUCCCUCUUCGACCUCACAAAGGAAAUAUAGAAUCAAGAAACCAAACAGAGAUGGCGGACAAGGAAAGUUGGUCUAAGAAUGAAAAGGCUGGAUUCAUUCAAAAGGUUGGUUCUUCGCCAAAGCUUUCUCACAUUCCUUGUAAAAAGAAAAACAGUGCUCUUGGUUCAAAAAGUAAACGCCUGAGAAUUGAAAAUGAAGACUCAAUUGAGUUGAAUCUAACUUGGGAAGAAGCUCAAGUUCUGAUCCGAUCGGCUCCUGAUGAUUUUUCCAGUGUCACUAGUGUUAGUGUUGAAGGCCAUGAAUUUGAGGAAUUUGAGCAGGAAGGGCCAGUGCUUGGAAUGCCAACAUAUUUUGGAAAAAAUCAAGACGGGGAUAUUAAUAAUCGCUGGGUGCAAUGUGAAAAUUGUUUUAAGUGGCGCAGACUUCCAUUGGAUGCUCUUCUGCAUCAUAGAUGGACAUGUUCUGAUAACAAGUGGGACCCUGAAAGAUGUUCUUGCUCAGCUCCUCAGGAAAUUUCCACAGAGAUAAGACAUUUACUUCCAAUGAAAAGUGGUUCCUCAAAGAAAUCUAAGCUGAAGUUUGAGAAUGAGAAUUUUGAAGUAUCUGAUGGGCUUGACACUCUUGCAAACCUUGCCAUCCUAGGGGAAAGUGAAUCCCUCCCAGCAUCUUCCCAGCCAACUACCAAGCACCCACGUCACCGUCCUGGUUGCACCUGCAUUGUUUGCAUCCAACCUCCCAGUGGCAAAGGACCAAAGCACAAGCAAACAUGCACAUGCAAUGUCUGCCUCACUGUUAAGCGUCGCUUCCAGACUCUAAUGCUCCGCCGAGAGAAGCGUCAGUCUGAGAAGGAAGCUGAGAAUACUGCAACCCCCAAAAAGCAACAAAACUCUACUCAUCCAACACAGGUGUCACCAGGAACACCACCAUCCCCAUCAGCUCCCGUUAUUCAUAAUUCAGGUGUUUCCCCUCCAAUGACACAUGCCAAUGGAUUAGUUGAUGAUGAAUUGGAGCGGAAGAGGGCUACACCAUCUCCUAUAAAGACACAGAUUGAUCUGAACAUUCAACCAGAGCGGGAGGAAGAACCAUCGCCUGCUGCAGUUCCUGGAAGCAUGAGUAGAGCUUUCCAAAAUGAUCUUGAUUAGGAUCUGUCCAGAAUCCUAUCUCGAACAAGCACUUGUAUUUUUAUGAAAAAAUUAUGGAGGUGAAGCAGCUGGGCAUCGCCAAUGGGCAGGAUUCUGGAGCCCAAAUUUUUCUGGCGAGAUAACAGCUUCAGUGUCAAACUGCAAACUGCUGGUUCUUUUCAUCAGCCUAUACGUUUCUGUUGGAUAGAGAAUAAACCACCUUUUUUUUUGUGCCAAAGAGAAAGGAGCAGUGGGGUUCUGGGUGAUGACAGCAGAAGUUCUGUACCAACGCUCAAUGCAAAGGUGAGCUGACAAAGUUGGCCAUUUUUAUGCGUAUAUUGGUGAAAUUGUAGGCAGAUAAAAACUUCCUGCCAUGAUUUUUCCAAUACAAACGGGAAUUGCAUUGUAAAUUUAGCAGUUAGGCCAUAGGGUUUAAGGUUUUAGCAUAUGCACACAUUCUGUAGUACUUUUGGAGACUAAAUCGUACUAUUUGUACGUGUUUUUUUUUUUUUUUUUUAUAACUAGCUUACUAUAUUUAUUUAUGAAUCAACUUUCAUUUCAUAUCAAGGUCAUUUUCUUAAGGGAA